GUGUUUAUAAAGCGCGUUCAUAAGUCAUCCUGAGCAGCAGGGGGCRCUACGCAAACACAAAACCUUCUCUUUUUAGAAGCCAGCAGCAACAAGACAAAAGAUUAAUUUAAUUAUUGUGGUUUUAUUGAAUCAACCUUAGCCGUUUUGACUUGUCGUGGCUUUUUUUUCCUGCAUUUAACAGAUUUCUCCCGGCCCCUCCCGGUGCCUCCGGUGUCCCGUCAUGUCGGGGAUGCAGCAGCUCAGACUGCUGGUCAACGAGCGGCUAACAGCGGCUGCGGAGGAAAUCUUCGGGCUCGUUGAAAAGACAGUAACAGAGUACCAGGAGGAGGUCUUCCGCUCCCGGAGAGAAAUUAUCCAGCUGAAGCAACAGAUCGAGCAGCUCACCGUCUUACAGCCUCGAGUGUUCCUGGUCAAAGAAGAUGUCCAGUCAAUCUCAGAGGACCCAAGUCAGUUUCCAGCUGAGGAGCAGAAGCAGACUCAGCAGCAUCAGAAGGUUAAAGAGGAGCAGCUGGACGUCUGCAUCAUCCCUGACCUGGAGACUGAUCCUUCAGAGGAUGUAACAUUUCCACACCACGACUCAGAAACAGCCACUCAGACUGACACUCAGCCGUUCCCAAGUGACAGCUCUGUGACCGUGACGCUAAACGAUGACGACGGACCGUGGAUCGGAAGCAUAGGUUCAGGGUUAUCCCACUAUGGUCCAAAUCGUGGUUCCUUCCUGCAGCGAGAGCAAACCUUGGACAGUAAGACUUGUCGUAUUUGCGGUUUGACGUUUAUUAGGGACUGUGAUCUGAUCAGACACGUGGACGAAUCGCACAUAGGACAGAAGGCUUUUAAAUGUCCCGAGUGUCACAAGGAGUUUGCCCGUAAAGACAGCCUGACUUUGCAUUUAAGAGUCCACACUGGUGAAAAGCCACACAGGUGCCCUUUCUGUGGCAAGUUCUUCACCCAGACUUCRAACCUCAGGGUUCACAUGAGGAAACACACGGGCGAAAAGCCCUAUUUUUGCAAUUCAUGUGGGAAAAUGGUCGCACAUUCUUAUCAUUUAAAGACAUGCUCCCGGCGGUCUUCAGGCCCGACGGACAUCAACGGGGAGAGAUCAUUAARCUGAACGAUUUGAGGUGAAAAGUUUGAAACCUGAAGAAACAUUAAAGCCAUGAAAUCUCARGCUGCUGUUCACCUGAUCAGAUGUCGCUUAACAUUCAAAUAACCUGGCCUGUUAUUUGAAUACUGUCAAGUUUCGCUAUUUAACCUGAUGUAAUCUUUUUUUUUUUUGUUCAUUCUUGUAUUUUAUUAAACUAUAAAAUAAAGAAACAAAGCUUA